AAACUCAAUCAAUUAUAUCAUCUCUUCUCUCACUCUCAUUCACCUUUUUUCCCUUUUCCUUUUCGCACCGUAAACAUCACUAAUCGCGUCCCUUCUUCGUUUCUCCUCUUCUUCUUCUUCCUAUUCCUAUUCUUUCUCACUCGUGUGAGGUUUCUUUCGUUUCACUCAUUCAUAAUCAAUAACAAUAUUCACCCUGAAACUUAUCCUCUUCCGUUACGAUUCUCUCUGUUUUUUUUUUCCGUAUUUUUUUAAUUUUUUUUUUUUGUGUGAGGAAGAAUGUCGAAGAAGAAAGUGAGUGGAAGCACCAUGACACUCAAGGACUUCCACGGCGGUUCUAUUCCCUCCGAUCUCCCUCUCCCUUCCGCUCCCGGCGUAACUGUGAGGCCUUCAGAUCGAGUUGGUUAUGAUCGGCCUGCAACAUGGGGAAAUCCGAUGGGGAGACCGGAUCAUUGGUCUCGGCCCCACACGUCUCCGGCUACUAGACAUUACGAUGAUAAAUCGUUGUUUCUUCCACAUACUGCUCCAAUUGGUAGGAAUUUUGAUGAGGAUGAGAGGAAGCCAUUGGAUGGUAGUUCGGCUCCGAGGAGAACGAUUAGUGAUGAGAGUAUUCGUGCUCCUUUGCCUUCUUGUGUUGAGGUGAAGCGUAGUAGUUCAUUGAGCAGGCAAGUGGCUGCUCCGGUGUCACCUGUUAAUGUUAAUUCGUAUUCGGCUAGGCUUACCGAGGCAACUCAUGUGGGAAAUAAUUCCCAGAGUUUGGGGGUUAGUAGUGGUGGUGGUGGUCACCCGAAUGUGUGGUCAAUGAGGAAGGAGGUGGCGAGUGCCAUUGAGUUGGAGCAAUCUGCUUGGGCUAGUGCGAAUGCUGUUUCCAAGUUGGCUCAUGCCAGUGCGCUUGAUAAGGUAUCGUCUGGUAGAUGGCAGACGGUUCAUUAUCAGACAGAGGUUGAGGCGGUUAGACCAACUAAAGUGGAGGGUAGACCGCAUGCGUAUAUUAAUAGUAAUAGGAUAGAUACAGUUUUUGAAAAGGAACAUUCUGAUGAAAUGCUGGCAAGGCAUGCUGAAAGGGGUUUAGUUAUUGAUAAUCAGAUGCAAGGCGGUGGUAGGAAUGAGUUACUCGAACAUGAAAGGUCGGGAGUUCAUAAGUAUUCAGAUGUACGGCCUAGAAGUGUAGCUCAGUUUUCGGAUGGAGUUCAGCCUGCUCGAACUGAUGGCAAAGCUGUUGGCUCGGAAUCACAACACCCUGUAGCUUCUGAACCUAUUGAACGACCUAAACUGAAGUUGCUGCCGAGAACAAAGCCACUAGAAAGUUCUGAACCUUCUGUUAUUGAACCCACACAGGGAUAUCGUCAAGUUAAUGAUUCUGUCCCUGUCGAAACUGUUCCUCAGAGACAUGGACAUGCCAAUUUUGUGAAGUCUGUUUCGGUUGGAACCGAGAGUCCAAAGGAUCCAGGACAGCGUCCAAAGCUGAAUCUGAAGCCUCUGAAGCCUCGGCCUGAGGUCCAUGAACAGUCAGAAGCAAGCAAGGAAAGAGACAGGAAUGCUUUAUUUGGUGGAGCUCGCCCUCGAGAACUAGUUUUGAAGGAGCGAGGGGUUGAUGAUGUUGCAAUAAAAAACUAUGACGUUGUUGGUAAUUCAAAUAGGGUUGAACAAAAUACUCCUAGGUCCGAGAAACACGAUGAUCAUUCAAUCCAGACUCGAUACGUUGAAAAAACUGAGGAUGGCCUCAAUCAAAGAGCAGGCAGAAAACCUGAAAGGAAGGAGCAAAAGGUAGAUGGCGACAGGGCUCCUGGACAGAGGAAGAAUUGGCGCAGCGGUGAUAAUAACAGUAAUAAUAACCGGAGAAACCCGAGGGAAACUGACAGGCAGCAAGUUCCUGAGAGGCAACCUUCACCUGAAACAUGGCGUAAGCCUGUGGAAUCAUCUCAAGGUGCUGGUGGCCCACGCUACGGUAGAGCAGCUUCAGCCGUUGAACUUGCCCAAGCAUUCUCUAAAUCUGUGUCAGAUCCCAAAGUAAAUAAUGAUAGAUUUUCAGGCCAAAGGGGUUUGAACACUGGCAGGACGCAAGUGCCCUUUUCACGUCUUGUUGGUCCUACUUCAAGGCCCCAGAUCAAUGGUUAUUAAGUCUUUGGUGGAAAAUUGGGACUCAUUCGAGACCUUUGUUUUUUUCAUCUUGGAGACAGCAUUUGCUUCAUGCAAACUGUGGAAUUGCUGAACAUUCCAUGGAGUGAUUGUAGUUUAACUUAUUUUUCUCUCUUUCAUUAGCAUGAGUGAGAGAAUUAAAACUGCUGCUAGUUGCAAUGCAUUUAUUAUGACGAUGUCUAUUUACAAUCGCCAUGUUGUUUUUCUUUACCCGUAUUAUUUACAACCAAACACUGUUUUUAACUUUGUCUGGUAAUAUAAAGAAGAAAGACCAUGACUAUAGCAUGUAAUUUGUUCUUUUAAGCUUCCUCUUCUUGCUGC